AUGGCAGCUCGAGGCCCUGGUGCUCCCGGCGCUCGCGGAAUGAACACGCGAUUUGCGCAGUUCAAGCUCGUCUUGCUUGGCGAGUCCGCUGUUGGAAAGAGUUCGAUCGUUCUGCGAUUCGUUAAGGACCAAUUUGACUCUUACCGUGAAUCUACCAUCGGUGCCGCUUUCUUGACGCAGACCAUUUCUCUUGACGAGAACACUACAGUCAAGUUCGAAAUCUGGGAUACCGCCGGUCAGGAGCGUUACAAGUCGCUCGCACCCAUGUACUACAGAAACGCCAACUGCGCCGUUGUCGUCUAUGAUAUCACCCAGGCUGCGUCGCUGGACAAGGCGAAGGCUUGGGUUAAGGAGCUGCAAAGACAAGCGAACGAAAACAUCAUCAUCGCCCUCGCCGGUAACAAGCUGGAUUUGGUCAACGAGCAACCCGAUAAGCGAGCGGUUCCCACAGCAGAUGCCGAGGCUUACGCGCGCGAGGCCGGACUUCUCUUCUUCGAGACAUCGGCAAAGACGGCCGAGAACGUCAAGGAUCUCUUUACGGCCAUCGCCAAGAAGCUGCCGCUUGACCAGGCCGGCCCUAGGCAUGCCCGACCAGGCCAGCGACAGGGCGUCAGUCUCCAGCCCGAGACGGCUGGCAGCAACGUCAGUGGGCCAUGCAGCUGCUAG